AUGCCUUUUAGCGGCGUGCAGUAUUCCGCUGUGAAUUAUUUAUUUCCAAGAGAACGUAAAUCACCAGGUGCCACUGAGAAAGAGAUGGAGGAAAACACAUUUCCAGUUGGGGCCAGAAAGAAGCGGCAGGGACCGCACCGCAAGAGAUCUCCCAAAGCAUGCAAAGUUUGUGAUGAAUUGAGAAACAAAGAUAACGGAGUCACAGAAACUCCAGAGCAUCGGAAGUCCAGUGCCAGUGCUUUAGCCCCACAAGAAACAAACCCCGUACCUCCGACUCUUCAAGAGGUGGCUCUGAAGCAUCCAGUGCUGAUCAUGCUGAACUCUCUGCACAAGUAUGAGCCCAGGAUUCAUAUCGUGCGAGUGGGUGGCCCGCAGCGGAUGAUCACCAGCCAUUCCUUCCCAGAGACCCAAUUUAUAGCCGUGACAGCCUACCAGAACGAGGAGAUCACAGCUUUAAAAAUCAAAUACAAUCCGUUUGCAAAGGCAUUUCUUGAUGCAAAAGAAAGAAGUGAUCACAAAGACAUGAUGGAGGAAGUGGGAGACAACCAGCAGUCUGGGUAUUCGCAGCUAGGUAGCUGGCUUAUUCCCGGGACCGGGGCUCUGUGCCCACCUGCCAAUCCUCACCCUCAGUUUGGAGCCCCCCUCUCGCUCUCCCCUGCUCACAGCUGUGAAAGGUACUCAUCGCUGAGGAACCACCGUCCUGCCCCCUACCCCAACCCCUACACCCAUAGAAACAACUCGCCAACAGCCUAUGCCGAUAACUCCUCUGCCUGCCUUUCCAUGCUGCAGUCCCAUGACAACUGGUCUUCUCUAGGAGUUCCCACACACACGACGAUGCUGCCCAUGAGUCACAGCACUGGCACAGCUACCAGCUCCAGCCAGUACCCUAACUUAUGGUCUGUGAGUAACAGCACCAUCACGCCAGUGUCUCAGUCGAGCGGGAUGUCCAACGGCCUGAGCUCCCAGUUCUUGCGUGGCUCUCCAGCGCACUACACUGCCCUUCCGCACCCAGCGGCCGCCGCCACCUCUGCCUCCCCCCUGUACGACGGCGGGGCGCCCCCGGCCCUCCCCGACAGCCAGUAUGAUGCCUCCGCACAUGCCAGGCUAGCAUCCACGUGGACGCCUGUCACCCCCCCUUCCAUGUAA